AUGUUAUCUGGAUGGAGUACCCAAGGUAAGUUGGCAUGUCCGGUGUGUAUUGAUGGAAAUAAGGCUUUUACCUUAAAAUACGAUGGCAAAAAUCCAUGGUUUGAUUGUCACCGUCGUUUCUUACCUCAUAAUCAUGCAUUUAGAAGAAGUAAAAAAGGGUCCACUAAAAAUAGGGUUGUGAAGGAUGAACCUCCUCCAAUAUUGAAUGGUGAAGAAGUUUGGGGUUUGGUUCACAAUAUUCCACGAGUGAUAGAUAAUGCUCAUACUAAAUUGUCUGGAUAUGGAGUUAGCCAUAAUUGGACUAAACGAAGCAUAUUUUGGGAUCUUCCAUACUGGAAAGAUAAUUUAUUAAGGCAUAAUUUAGAUGUCAUGCACAUAGAAAAAAACUUCUUUGAUAAUGUGUUUAACACUGUCAUGAAUGUUAAGAACGAGACUAAGGACGAUGAAAAAGCACGAAUGGACUUGGCCAUCAUUUGCCAACGUAGCGACCUGGAGUUGGUUCCACAUAACAAUGGAAAAAUGAAAAAACCUAAGGCAAAUUAUUGUCUUACGUCUAGUGAGGCAAAGAAAGUUUGUAAAUGGAUAAAGGAGCUUAAGAUGCCAGAUGGGUAUGCGUCUAACUUGGCAAGAUGUGCAGAUGUUAAUAGAGGACAAAUGAAUGGGAUGAAAAGCCACGAUUGUCAUGUAUUUAUGGAGUGUUUGCUUCCAUUUGCAUUUAGUUCAUUGCCUGACCAUGUGUGGAAACCAUUAACAGAAUUAAGUCAAUUCUUUAAGGGCUUGUGCAGCAAUACCUUAAGACAUGAUGAAUUGGUCAAAUUGGGUGAAAAUAUUCCAUUCAUCAUAUGCAAACUUGAAAGAAUCUUUCCACCAGGAUUCUUUGAUUCAAUGGAGCAUCUUCCAAUUCACCUCCCGUAUGAGGCAAAACUUGGUGGUCCAGUUCAAUAUCGAUGGAUGUAUCCAUUUGAAAGAAUGAUGGGUGAUUUUAAGCGCACAGUGAAAAACAAGGCUAGAGUGGAAGGCUCAAUAUGUAUGUCAUACUUACAUCGAGAGACAACAUAUUUUUGUUCCCACUAUUUCAAAACAAUCUCUUUGUUUAAUAGAAGCCAACGUAAUGAAGGUGCAAAAUUAAAUGAUGCUGUCACGACAACACUAUCAAUUAGCAAUCAAUUAGGACGUCCUAGUGGGAAGGCUCAAACUCAUUGGUUAAGUGAUGCUGAAAGAAGCGCCUUUUUGCACUCUAAUUCCAUUAUUGAAGACGAUCCUAUAUCUCAAACACGUAUACAUGGAGAAUUCCCAGAAUGGUUUCGUGCGUAUGCCAGUGACAAGGAAAAUGGUGUGACUGACCCUAACUUGUUAUCAUUAGCUUGGGGUCCUAACUCAAUGGUUAAAACUUGGCACAAGUAUUACAUUAAUGGGUACAAAUUUCACACAAAAGCUUGGUCUCAGGGUAAGAAAACCAUAAAUAGUGGAGUUUAUGUGAAAGGGGUUACUGGAGGAGGGGAAGAUGAUUUCUAUGGAGUCAUCCAACAUAUCUUCGAGUUGGAGUAUUACAAAUUGCCUCACAAGGUAGCCUUGUUUUAUUGCCAAUGGUUUGAUCCUAGACGAAAUAGAGGAACCAAAGUUCAUCCGCAAUAUGAUAUUGUAGAUAUCAAGAUGAAUCGGAAAUAUGAUCUCUAUGAUCCCUUCAUAAUUGCACAAAAAGCUAGACAAGUGUAUUAUGUACCUUAUCCUAAAAUGUGA